AUGCAGAUGAGAUCUCCCCCUCCUUCCCAAGCCCUUCUGGAUCUCCAAAAACAAGGCUUAGAAUUGGCAGUAUCAGGGCCACCGAACAAUCUUCAGGUCACUGCGGGUCAUGUAUCAACGAGAUCGACACCUUCUGACAGGGAUAAACCCUUGCCACUUGAGCCCUCGGAGAGAAAAAGACGGUCGUCCAGUGUAUACAGUUCCGACACCACGAUAUCCAAUAUAAUUCGCAUGUAUGGAGGCCAUCGUGAACUAGACGAACUACCACCUGUGGCGAUACUACAUCAGCCGCAAGCUUAUCGAGACACUGUUGCGCCGUUGCUCAUCAAAUGUCUGAGUCUGAGUCACUCUCGAUCAGCCGCUUUUCAGACAAGCCCGAUGCCAAUGGAAAACAAGAUCACAUCUUCUUUCGUUGAAUUUUCGCGCGCUCGUUGUGAUCAAACACAUGAACCCGUGUCGCCGCUUUCUACGUCGUCUACCAACCAUCAUCGACAGGCAGCCUACGAUCAACUAGCUCCCCCAUCACCACAGGUAUCAUCUAUCGAAUUGUCUAUAUCUCUCUCACCAACUCCCCCUCUUCCGGACGCACUGUCGGGCACGAUAUCGGAUGUCGAGGGUUUCGAUUUAUUACCAUCUCCGUUGGGCUUCUCUCGUUCAAGUCCACCAAGUCCAGUGUUUGACGAGUGGAACGAGCCUUCCAAGUUUCACUAUUCAAAUCAUCACCAACAUCCCCAAGGACAUAUUCAACAAUAUGCAUCUGGUCAAGCCUGGUCUGACCAUUGGCUGGAAGACAGUUUCGUCCGCCACAGCCCUGUUUCGGAAGCCGCCAAACUUGAAGGAAGAAACUCCCAACCCAGCACAAGUUUGUCCGAGAAGGAGCAAGAGCAUGUCACGUCCUAUGCAGACACCCAACCCACACAGGCUAACGACGAAGCAUCAGCCCUCAAGACGUCGCAGAACAGUCGUGCCCGAUCUAGCCUCCAACAAGGGGUAACGAAUUUUCUCAGAACCUUGUCCAUCUCUAAUCGAACAGGUCGGAAUCAACAGUCCGCACCCUCGCGCGAGAAACAACCGAGCAUUCCCGCAACGUCAUAUCAAGUACACGAUGCCGAGAUCUUUUCCGAGAAACACAACAAGACACAACAAGAAGGACAACGGGUUCCUCCCCAGGGAAGGAAGUCUCUCGACUUCUUCAUGGCGUACCAGAGCGGUCAAAGUCAACUUGUCGGGGUGAUUGAGGGAGUUAAACGGAAACUAACCCGAAAGAUAUCGCAGAAGCGGCGGAGGAAGCUGAAGCAAAGUAUCAUUGUGGUUGGGCUGAGUGAGACUACGAGCGCGAUGGAUGCAAUGAAGCGAUUCCCUGCGGACGAUGAGGAUUCGUGGAUUUGA